AGCUCUCAUUACCCUCUGCCCAUCACCCAAUAAAUAGUCAGACAAGCCCUCGCUAUUCCAGAACACUGUUGGAGAGAUGAGACAAUCCCACCAGCUGCCCCUACUGGGGCUCCUAUUGUUUUCUCUUAUUCCAAGACAACUAUGUGAGAUCUGUGAGGUAAGCAAAAACAACUAUACUGAUCUAAACCCUCUGAUAAACACAAUGAUCAAUUCAAAAUAUACCAAAGGAAUCCAAGCUGCCAAUGUCCUGUUGUCCCUCAGACUUGGUGGGAUCCUGAACCAAUGCCAAGAACAACAGCUGAUCCAACAAGUCAAACUCACUGUGUAUUAUAAAGCUUCAACUUUAACCUCGGGACAGCUUGCCUUGGCUAUACUGGCUUUGGGAGCAUGCAAAACGCCUGAUGAAACAUCUAUACGUUAUCCUAACCUGGUCAAAAACCUUAGAAAUAAAUUCAAAGCAGAAAUUGAAAAUAUGGGGAAACACAAUGGUAAUCCACUGACUAACUACUAUCAGCUCAGCCUGGAUGUUUUGGCCUUAUGUCUGUUCAGGGGGAAAUUUUCAAUCACCCAAGUUGCUAAAAUCUUCGAACCUGAAAAUAAAAAUUUCUAUUUUAAGGGACAGUUCUCAGUAGAUACUGGUGCAAUGGCUGUCCUGGCUCUGACCUGUGUGAAGAAUAUAACAAAUGGGAAGAAAAAAACAGAUAUGGAAAACUUAAAUAAUAUCAAUAAUCAUAUAAAGUCACUGAUAGAGAAGAUUCUUUCUCAGAAAAAAGAAAAUGGUCUCCUUGGAAACAUAUAUAGUACAGGAGAAGCUAUGCAGGCUCUCUUUGUCUCAUCAGACUAUUACAAUGAAAGUAAAUGGGAUUGCCAACAAACUCUGGACACAGUGAUCAUGGAAAUUCAUAAAGGAGCGUUCCGUAUUCCAACUGCUGCAGCUCAAAUCUUACCCGCCCUGAUGGGAAAGACCUACUUGAAUGUUAACAAAGACUCUCCUUGUGUCUAUGGCCCAGGUGACUUCAACAUCUCCACUGUGGAGCCUAUAACAGCGACACCUCCUCUCUCACCCUCACAAAUCCAAGUGAAUUAUUCUGUGGUAAUAAUCAAGGAAACACAUUCCACCACGGUCUCCGUAGCAAAUGGCUCUGUCUUCCUAGAUGUGAUGGAAGCAGCUCAGAAAGAAAAUGCAACCCUAUUUGGUUUCACAGUGGAGGAGAGAUCAUGGGGCCCCUACAUCACCUCUGUUCAGGGCUUAACAGCCAACAAUAACAACAGAACCUUCUGGGAGCUCCUGAAUAACGGCCAACCGCUGGAUCAAGGAGUUGGUAGUUACAUUGUGCAUGAGGGAGAUAAUUUGGAGGUUCGUUGGAGCACAUACUAAUAAAUUCAAACCUUCCUCAGCUGGAUCUCACCCCUUUGCAAUGGAAUGGCAGGUGGAAAGUGGCUUCAUACCUUCCUUUUCCUUUCUCUCAAUUUCAGUAGGAGACCCAAUAACCCCCCCUUCUCUGCGUGUUCAAUAAAAGGUCAACAGCUACACAAAAA